GUGGUGCAGCAUUAAUGGCUUCCUUAGAAGAAAAGGUUAAAACUUGUGGUGUUGGUGUUGUUGGGGGUCAAACUCUAGUUGCCGAGAUGAAGCUCCUCAAGGAAAUGCAAGAACACUCUGGGGUGAGAAAGACUUUGAAUUCAGAACUGUGGCAUGCUUGUGCUGGCCCUCUUGUCUCUUUGCCUCAAGUGGGAAGUCUUGUUUAUUACUUUCCCCAGGGACAUAGUGAGCAGGUGGCAGCUUCCACCAGAAGAACAGCAACAUCUCAGAUUCCAAACUAUCCAAACCUUCCAUCUCAGUUGCUCUGCCAAGUUCAAAAUGUCACACUUCAUGCAGACAAAGAUACAGAUGAAAUCUAUGCUCAAAUGAGUCUCCAGCCCUUGAAUUCGGAGAAAGAUGUGUUUCCUAUAUCUGAUUUUGGCCUAAAGCACAGCAAGCAUCCAACUGAGUUUUUCUGCAAAACUUUGACUGCAAGUGACACCAGCACACACGGCGGUUUCUCAGUUCCACGGAGGGCGGCAGAAAAGCUCUUUCCUCCACUGGACUACACAAUUCAGCCUCCAACACAAGAACUAGUUGUCCGUGAUUUGCAUGACAAUACUUGGACAUUUCGACAUAUAUACCGGGGUCAGCCCAAGAGACACCUUUUAACAACAGGAUGGAGUUUAUUUGUCGGAUCAAAAAGGCUUAGAGCAGGAGAUUCUGUUCUAUUUAUCAGGGAUGAGAAAUCACAACUGCGAGUUGGUGUUAGGCGUGUUAAUCGCCAACAAACAACAUUGCCAUCAUCAGUUCUUUCUGCUGAUAGCAUGCACAUUGGUGUGCUUGCUGCUGCAGCUCACGCGGCUUCUAACCGAAUUCCUUUCACUAUUUUCUAUAAUCCAAGGGCAUGCCCUUCAGAAUUUGUUAUUCCACUUGCUAAGUACAGAAAAUCUGUAUAUGGGACACAACUCUCAGUUGGCAUGAGAUUUGGUAUGAUGUUUGAGACAGAAGAAUCCGGUAAGCGCAGGUAUAUGGGUACAAUAGUUGGUAUCAGUGACUUGGAUCCUUUGAGAUGGCCUGGUUCUAAGUGGCGAAAUAUUCAGGUGGAGUGGGAUGAACCAGGAUGUGGUGACAAGCAGAAUAGAGUUAGUGUAUGGGAAAUUGAGACUCCUGAAAGCCUUUUUAUAUUUCCUUCUUUAACUUCGAGUCUAAAACGGCCAUUACAAUCUGGAUUUUUGGAAAACGACUGGGGAGCUUUGAUACGAAGACCAUAUAUAAGAGUUCCUGAAAACGGUGCAACGGAGCUCGCGAAUUCAAUGCCAAAUAUCUACUCUGAACACCUGAUGAAAAUGCUUUUGAAGCCACAACUUAUUAACAAUAAUGGAGCCAUGGCCAUGCAACAAGAAUCUGUUGCUAUGAGAGGUACUCUACAAGAUGCAAAGACUACACAGGCACCAGAGAACCAUAAAGUUAAUCUUGCUAGUACAGAGAACCUGCCACUGAAAAAUUUGUAUUCUCAAUCUGUUCCUGAACAAGCUAAUGUCGUGAAUUUACAUUCUCAAGCGAAAAAUGAUAACCAUAUGUCUUCUGGAACAGUUAUUGAUAAGCCGAAGCUCGAACCUGAGGUAUUAAAUGAUCAAAUGUAUGAGAUUCCAUCUGGAGGAACAGGAACCAACAUUGAAAAAGUGGCCUCAAAUCCUGCUAACUCUCAAAGUGUUGCGAACCAAUUGGCAUUCCUUAAUCAAAACCAGAGUCAUCCACUUGCGCAAUCCGGUUCAUGGCCUAUACAACCUCAGUUAGAAUCAUCGGUAUCCCAUCCUCAACUUGUUGACAUGCCUCAAGGUGAUUCUGCAAUUGCAAACAGCAUGCUUCCUCAGCUAGACAUUGAUGAAUGGAUGGUGUAUUCUUCUAACCAAACUUUUGCUAACCAAAACCGAUCAACUGGGCCGGUAUCAGAUUUUCAAGAGCAUUCUGCCGCACUUCAACCUCAAGUAGUGAAUCCUUCCAUGCCAAUGAACCAAGAAGUGUGGGAUCAAUAUGUCAAGAAUUUUAAGCUUUUGUCUCAAGUAGACCAGAUGACAUCUGUCUGUCAGCCGGGGAUGUACAGCCUCAACGGUAUAUCGAGUUCAAACAAUUUGAGGGAUCUUUCAGCUGAGAGCAAUAAUCAAAGUGAAAUUUGUGUCGAUGUUAGUAAUAGUGUAAAUACAACCAUGGUUGAUCCUUCAACUUCAAGCACCAUUUUGGAUGAGUAUUGCACACUGAAGGAGAGGGAUUUCCAGAAUCCACAAGAUUGCAUCGUCGGCAACUUAAGUUCUAGCCAGGAUGUCCAGUCUCAGAUAACCUCUGCAAGUCUAACUGAGUCACAUGCCUUUCCUCUGCAAGACAACUCAGGUGGUACAUCUUCAAGUCAUGUUGAUUUUGAUGAAAGCAGCUUUCUGCAGAAUAACUCAUGGCAACCAGUUGCUGCGCCCGUGCGAACCUACACUAAGGUGCAAAAGGCAGGAUCUGUAGGAAGAUCAAUUGAUGUCACAACUUUCAAGAACUACGAAGAGCUGAUCCGCGCGAUUGAAUGCAUGUUCGGACUAGAUGGUCUGCUGAAUGACACCAAAGGUUCCGGCUGGAAACUGGUGUAUGUGGAUUAUGAGAGUGAUGUUCUUCUUGUUGGGGAUGAUCCUUGGGAGGAAUUUGUCGGCUGCGUUCGAUGCAUCAGAAUCUUAUCGCCUUCAGAAGUUCAACAGAUGAGUGAAGAGGGAAUGAAGCUUCUCAACAGUGGAGCCUUGCAAGGGAUCAAUGUUUGAAUAUUAGGUAGUGCCUAUAUAUAAUAUCACUUAAGCCAUUCUUUGCAAUUUCAUUGCAACACUGGCAUCAAAGUGUUUUUUCUAAUUCAAGAAAAUAUCUCAAAAGUAAAGUUAUUUGUUGUAGAAUUCCUAUGUAUCAACCUUGUAAUGACACAAAGGUUCUAUGUAAUGUAUGAACUAAGUGACACUUUUGGCAAAGAAUGGAGUAUUAGGUGUAUGGAAAAAACUUGGAAGACAAGGUUGGUCUGAGUUUUAAGAAAGGUCACAGGCUAGAAUGUUCCAAUGAGCCAAAGAUUACAUACUUAAUGUCAUGUUGGGUGAGACAUUCUUGCAAGCAAGUGGAAAUAUUAUGCUUUAUUUGCUUA